AUGGACUGGCACUCCCUCAGAACAGCUGCCGUGCUGCUCAUCUUCCUGGUGGUGGUGGAAGUUAACUGUGAAUUUCGAAUCCAGGUGAGAGAUUACAACACUAAAAAUGGCACCAUCAAGUGGCAUUCAAUCAGAAGGCAAAAGCGUGAAUGGAUCAAGUUUGCUGCAGCCUGUCGUGAGGGUGAGGACAACUCGAAGAGAAACCCAAUUGCCAAAAUUCACUCAGACUGUGCUGCAAACCAGCAAGUAACAUACCGCAUCUCUGGAGUAGGAAUUGAUCAGCCACCUUAUGGAAUCUUCAUCAUUAAUCAAAAAACCGGGGAAAUUAAUAUAACAUCCAUAGUUGAUCGAGAAGUCACCCCUUUUUUCAUUAUCUACUGCCGGGCUCUAAACUCGCAAGGCCAGGAUUUGGAGCAGCCUCUGGAACUCCGAGUCAGGGUUUUGGAUAUAAAUGACAACCCUCCAGUAUUUUCAAUGACUACAUUUCUAGGACAAAUAGAAGAAAAUUCUAAUGCAAAUACACUUGUGAUGAGACUCAAUGCUACUGAUGCAGAUGAACCAAACAAUUUGAACUCAAAAAUAGCCUUCAAGAUCAUAAGUCAGCAACCUUCUGAUUCACCAAUGUUUAUCAUCAACAGAUACACGGGAGAAAUUCGAACAAUGAAUAAUUUUCUAGACAGAGAGCAAUAUGGCCAGUAUUCUCUUGCUGUAAGAGGCUCAGACAGAGACGGUGGGGCAGAUGGCUUGUCAGCAGAAUGUGAAUGCAACAUUAAAAUCCUUGAUGUCAAUGACAACAUUCCAUUCAUGGAACUGUCUUCAUAUUCUGUCAGUGUUGAAGAAAACGUCCUAAACUCAGAACUGCUCCAGAUUAGAGUGAUUGAUUUGGAUGAAGAGCACUCAGCUAACUGGGUGGCGGUACCUUUCUUUAUCUCUGGAAAUGAAGGCAAUUGGUUUGACAUAGUAAUGAAUGAAAGAACAAAUGUGGGAGUUCUAAGGGUUAUUAAGCCCCUAGAUUAUGAAGACAUGAAGAAUCUGCAACUUAGCAUUGGUGUUAGAAAUAAAGCUGAAUUUCAUCAUUCAAUUAUGUCUCAAUAUAAACUCACAGCCACUGCAAUCUCCGUGACUGUCUUGAAUGUAGUUGAAGGCUCCGUAUUCCGUCCAGGUUCAAAGACAUAUGUAGUAACCAGUAACAUGAAAGCAAAUUCUAAAGUGGGAGAGUUCGUAGCUACUGACCUGGACACAGGCCUAACUUCAACAAGUGUUAGAUAUGUAAUGGGGAACAAUCCAGCCGACCUGCUGUCUAUUGAUUCAAGAACAGGCAUAAUCACUUUGAGAAACAGAGUUACCAUGGAACAAUAUGAAAUGCUCAGAAGAAGAUAUCAAGGAACAAUUCUAUCUAUAGAUGAUUCACUUCAAAGAACUUGCACUGGUACAGUUAUUAUCAACCUUGAAGGUACCAAUACUGAUACCAAUACCAAUACCAAUACCAAUACCAAUGAAAAUAAUGAAAGUGGUACCAGUAGUGGCACAAAUGAGAAUUCUUCCACUAAUGAAAACACUAACACCAACACAAAUGCCGGUGACGGUGAAACAAGCGGAUAUGGUGAUCGGCAACCACUCUCAGAUAAUGUACACUUUGGUCCUGCUGGCAUCGGAUUACUCAUCAUGGGCUUCUUGGUGCUGGGAUUGGUUCCAUUUUUGUUGCUCUGUUGUGACUGUGGAGGUGCCUCUGGUGGUGGAGCUGGCUUUGAGCCUGUUCCGGAAUGUUCAGAUGGAGCGAUUCAUUCAUGGGCAGUUGAAGGACCCCAGCCUGAACCCACUGGUUUGGCCACUAUCUGUGUACCACAAAUGCCACCUGAUAAUGCAAAUAUAAUAGAAUGCAUUGACAAUUCAGGAGUUUAUACCAAUGACUACUGUGGCAGAGAAAUGCAAGAUCUGGGAGGAGGAGAAAGAACAACAGGAUUUGAACUAAUGGAUGGAGUUAAAGCAUCAGGAGCACCUGAGAUAUGUCCAGAAUAUUCUGGAACAUUAAGAAGAAGCUCCAUGAGGGAAUGUAGAGAAGGAGGUCUGAAUAUGAAUUUCAUGGAAAGCUACUUCUGUCAGAAAGCAUACGCUUAUGCAGAUGAAGAUGAGGGGCGUCCAUCCAACGACUGCUUGCUCAUCUAUGACAUUGAAGGUGUAGGUUCCCCGGCCGGCUCCGUGGGUUGCUGUAGCUUCAUUGGAGAAGACCUGGAUGACAGCUUCUUGGAUACACUGGGGCCUAAGUUUAAGAAGUUGGCCGACAUCAGCCUGGGGAAAGAUACAGAAUCCUAUCCGGACCCUGAUCCUUCUUGGCCACCUCAGAGCACUGAACCCAUGUUCCCCCAGCAGGGGCCAGAGCCAGUUUCCAGUGGCCACCCACCAAUUUCCCCACACUUUGGCACCACCACAGUAAUCUCUGAGAGCACCUAUCCCUCAGGACCUGGUGUACAGCAUCCUAUGCCUAUUUCUGAUCCUCUAGGCUAUGGGAAUGUCACUGUGACCGAGUCCUACACUACCUCUGGCACUCUGAAGCCCUCUGUCCACCUUCAUGAUAACCGACAUACGUCAAACGUGGUGGUGACAGAGAGGGUGGUGGGCCCAAUCUCUGGCACUGAUUUGCAUGGAAUAUUAGAGAUCCCUGACUUGAGAGAGGGGUCAAACGUUAUAGUGACAGAAAGGGUGAUAGCACCAGGGUCAAGCCUCCCCACCUCUCUGACUGUCUCUAAUCCUAGAGAGUCUUCAAAUGUAGUAGUGACAGAAAGAGUCAUCCAACCUACUUCUGGCAUGAUGGGCAGUCUGAGUACGCGUCCUGAGUUAUCCAGUGCCCACAAUGUAAUUGUGACAGAGAGGGUUGUUUCUGGUGCAGGAGUAAGUGGAAUUAGUGGCACAGCUGGGAUAAGUGGAGGCGGAGGCUUAAGUAGCAGUGGCCUGGUUGGCACCAGCAUGGGUGCUGGUGGUGGGGGCCUGGGUGGAGCUGGGAUAAGCAGUGGUGGCAUCGGGCUGAGCAGCCUGGGUGGAGGUGUGGGGGGGACAGCCACCAUUGGUCACAUGAGGAGUUCCUCUGACCAUCACUUUAGCCAGACCCUUGGAUCUGCCUCUCCUAGCACGACUCGAAGUCGAAUCACGAAGUAUAGUACAGUACAAUAUACCAAGUAG